AUGAAUUACAUACUGCUUUUCGCCUUUGUUGGUGUGGCUGUUGCCUUACCCAUCAACGCUGAUGACGAUGACGACAAGAUCGUGGGAGGCUACACCUGUUCGGAGAACUCUGUCCCCUAUCAGGUGUCCCUGAAUUCUGGCUAUCACUUCUGUGGAGGUUCCCUCAUCAGCAGCCAGUGGGUCCUGUCAGCUGCUCACUGCUACAAGUCUCGCAUCAAUGUUCAGCUCGGGAAACACAACCUGGCCCUCACAGAAUCGUCAGAGCAGACCAUCAGCUCAUCUAAAGUCAUCCGCCACUCUAGCUACAGCUCCUCGUCGCUGAAUAAUGACAUUAUGCUCAUCAAGCUUUCCAAAGCGGCCACGCUUAGCCGAGCUAUCCAGACGAUUGCUCUGCCCACCAGCUGUGUGACCGCAGGCACCACAUGCCUCAUCUCUGGCUGGGGCGCCCCUCGCCCUCACUAUUGACUCCCAACAGUACAGGCUAAUUACCCAGACACCUUGCAGUGCCUGAAGGCUCCUGUACUCUCCUCAAGCCAGUGCUCUUCAGCCUACCCUGGGCAAAUUACCAGCAACAUGAUAUGCGUGGGAUACCUGGAGGGAGGGAAAGACUCCUGCCAGGGCGAUUCCGGCGGUCCCGUAGUCUGCGAUGGGGAGCUCCAGGGCAUCGUUUCCUGGGGUAUUGGAUGUGCCCAGAAAGGCUAUCCCGGGGUUUACACGAAGGUUUGCAAUUACGUCUCCUGGAUCGAAUCAACUAUUGCUGCCAACUGA